UUUAAUUACAUAUAAUUAACAAGCCUUAAUUAAUUAAACAACUCAUUCUUUCCUUUUCCUUUUAUUCAAUACCUCUCACUUUCGCAUUCAUGUUAAUACUUUCCAGCUAAGUUGUUAUACCUAGGUUACCUACCCAAGAUUAAUUUAUGUGUGUUAUUUAUUGUUUCUAUUAGAAGACGAAUGAUAUUGUAGGACUAACGUUAGAACGAAGAAUAACGUAAAAUGGCAUUGAUGAUCAAAGGUAUUAGCUUGCAUUAUACGAAUAAUUUGUCAAAAAUAGAGCAGGAGAAUGAAGGGUUGGCUGGUAUUCAGAAUUUGAAAUUUGGAUUUUUAAAUCCUAGCAAAGGUAAUGGGAGAAAGAUUUUGAAGGUGGCAAAUGCGAGUAAGAGCAGUUCUAGGAAUCAACACACAAUUAAUGGGAAGAAAAUAAAUGGUGUGCAUGUUGAGGAGUAUCCAUAUUUAGGGCAAAGAGGCAAUGAUAAUAAUGUAGUAGUUGAGAAAACAGAAGAAUCAUCAAAUAAUUCAUACUAUCUUCUAGGGAAUUUUGUGGAUAAUAGGUUUGUGUAUAGACAAUCCUUUGUAAUUAGGUCUUAUGAAAUUGGACCUGAUAAGACUGCUACCAUGGAAACUAUCAUGAAUCUCCUCCAGGAGACAGCUCUAAAUCAUGUGGCAAGCUCAGGGGUGGGUGGUAAUGGAUUUGGGGCAACCCGAGAAAUGAGUCUUAGGAAACUCAUAUGGGUGGUCACUCGCAUACAGAUCCAAGUUGAACAAUAUAGCUCCUGGGGAGAUGUGGUAGAAAUAGAUACAUGGGUAGAUGCAGCAGGUAAAAAUGGAAUGAGGAGGGACUGGAUCAUUCGUGACUCCAACACUCGCAACAUCAUCACAAAAGCAACCAGCACAUGGGUGAUAAUGAACAGAGAAACAAGAAGGUUAUCAAAAAUCCCUGAGCAGGUCAAAGCAGAAGUUCAACCUUUCUACACCAACAGAUGCGCAAUUCCUACUGAACAAACUGAUUCUGAAAAGAUUGAGAAACUCAACGAUGAAACGGCCGAAAUUAUCAGUUCUGGCUUAGCUCCACGAUGGAGUGACAUGGAUGCAAAUCAACAUGUGAACAAUGUCAAAUAUAUUGGAUGGAUAUUGGAGAGUGUGCCUAUAAAUGUAUUAGAAGAAUACAACCUAAUGAGCUUAACAUUAGAGUAUCGACGGGAAUGUCGCUUGUCAAAUGUGCUGCAAUCUAUGACAACAAUGAGAGAAAUAGCAACAGCAGCUAGUGAAAAUGAUGGAAUUAGUUCAGAUAUGGAAUGCACACAUCUGAUUCGCAUGGAAGAGGAUCGAGCAGAGGUUGUUCGAGCCAGGUCUAUAUGGCAAACUAAGCAAUGACUUAAUUGUAUUAGUGCUAUUCUUCUCUAUAUUCGUCCCUAUGCAGUGUGUAUCUUCUUCUUCGUUUUCUUCUUCUUUGUUUCGACGUAAUUAAUUAAUUAGAGAAUGUAUAAGUUGUUUCUCUUCUAGAUCAGGAGCGGAUCCACUUUUUUCGGCAAUGGACGCUGGUGUCCUAGUGCCUUUAACUCGAACACUAUUAGUAUGUAUUCAUGCACAUUUUGUAUUUAAAAAGAAAACAUAUUUAUUUGUGGCA